UCUCCGCGAAAGACAGAGUUGCUGUAUGGUUGCAUUAAGAAAAUAUACGGAUUCAUUCUCAAAUUUCAUCCUCAAACGAAAACCAAGUUACUUGUGUGACAAUCAUUAACCACUACACUGAUCGGUGAAAACCUAAACCUAUAGAGACAGAGAGAUCUGAAGAAUGAUGAAUGCGGUGAAGAGUCGGAUUCAGUUCGCAAUGUCGUGGAUUCGCCGGCAGCCACCGAAGGUAAAGGCGUUUCUCGCUGUGGUUUCGGCAAUGGCGGUCCUCGUCUUCCUCAGGGUGAUUGUCCAUGACAACGAAUACCUUUUCUUGGCUUCCGAGGCCGUCCAUGCCACGGGAAUCUCCGUUCUUAUAUACAAGCUCACCAAGGAGAGGACUUGCGCUGGGUUAUCUCUCAAGACGCAGGAGCUCACGGCUUUGUAUCUGGGGGUUCGAUUGUAUUGUAGUUUUGUAAUGGAGUUUGAUCUUCACACGUUACUUGAUUCUGCUGCUUUCUUCACCACUCUUUGGGUCAUCUAUAUGAUCCGUCUCAAGCUUAGAGCUACGUACAUGGAGGAUAAAGACAAUUUUGUAAUCUACUACGUUGUAGUCCCAUGUAUUGUUGUAUCUUUCCUCAUACACCCGUCAACACAUCACCACAUCAUAAACAGGCUCUUUUGGGCACUUUGUGUUUAUCUUGAAGCUGUUUCAGUUCUUCCCCAGUUAAGAGUCAUGCAGAACACUAAGAUCGUGGAACCAUUCACAGCACAUUACGUGUUUGCUCUGGGAAUCGCUAGGUUCUUGAAUUGUGCACACUGGAUCCUUGAGGUGUUGGAUACGAGAGGGGGGUUACUGACCGCAUUAGGGUAUGGAACCUAUGGACUAUGGCCUUUCAUGGUCAUUCUCUCUGAAAUCAUCCAAACCUUCAUUCUUGCAGAUUUCUGCUAUUACUAUGUUCAGAGUUUAAUGGGUGGACAGCUCGUCCUUCGUCUCCCGUCUGGUGUGGUCUAAGAAGCUUUGCAAAACUGAUUGCUUUGAGCUUUCAGAGGUUUUCAUGAUUAGAGAUUUUGAGAUAUAUAAUUUAAUACUUUUGUUAGCAAAGAUGCAUUAACUAGAGUUAGUUUUCCAUAAUGAUGUUUAAUUCGGAUUUCAUUGGUGAUGACGUUUUGAG